AUGCUAUCUAGCUUCCGCUUAGCAGACGUCUUGCUCCUCCUCCUCCUGAUAUCUCAGAACACGCAGGCUGGCCCAGUUAGACGUGCUGAGAAAUUCUUACGGAGUGACUGGAAUUACACUACCAGUGCGGUAGCGAGUACCGCCGACACGACUUUGAGCGUAGCUCCAGAUACAACGGAUCUUAUCAAUUCUGCCAGCUCCGUAGUAGCUCAGAAAGAAGAAGAUGGGCCCACCCCGAGUCCCAUCUUUGUAACCCUUGACGACACAACGAGGAGUACACCAGCUGCCACUCAAACCGAAGCCCAGAGUCUUUCCACACCGCCGGUUGAAUCUACCUCAGGACCCCAGCCACCGCUUACAACCAGCUCUGAACCAGUAUUCCUACCCCCGCCUCUGAGUACGAUAUCAGUACCUACCAAAUUGACAUCACUUCCUGGAGAAUAUGGUUCAUCAACAAAUACGGAGGAUGCAACCAGUGUGCCUCCCACUCUCAGCUCUGUGACGUUGGCCCCAUCUGCCACCACGAGUGUCCAGGAUGGUUCGUCUCUGCUUCCCACAAACCCCGCGUCCAGCGCGGCUGGCGUUCCUGGUAGUUCCACUUCUCAGGCAACGCCUCUACAAUCAUCUUUAUCCUUUGCCUUUCCUUUUUCGAGUGAAACAGCAGUAGCAUCCACAACCACUCUUCUGGAGCAGCCUGCGGCGUCAGCUUCCAGCGCCCCUGUACUGUCCAGCAAAACGAGCGCUGAUGUUGAGGCGUCAUCGCCUCCGGCUGCAACGCCUGAUGAAAGCAUUGCCCCAACCAAGACUGCUGUAGCUACUUCCUCGUUAUCAGACAACCUCUCAUCGGCGUCGUCAACAGCGCCAUCUUCAUCUCAAACUUCCCCUCCGUCAUCGGCCACCCUAAAUGUUACAGGAACCCCAAAUGCGGGUGUCCCUACAAUCGACAGCUCCAUCCCCGCUGGAACGGCCACUGUCUCGCCAGACAUUGCUGCCAUCAAUCUCGCUCGCGCCAAGUCCUUCAACAAGCUCUUCGCCAGCCUUACGGAGCAGUCCGCCUGUAGCCUCGGACAAAUUGCUUGUGUUGAAAGCAACGUCGGUAAAUGCGGUCCAAAUGGUGCAUUCAACAUCGAAAAAUGCGGUGCUGGUCUGGCAUGUUUCGCUCUCCCGAUGAACACAACAGAAGGGGUCAUCGUCGGGUGCUAUAACCCUGCUGUUGCCAGUAACAUCUUGGGAGAGCCUGCCGCAGCACCGGCUCCGGGUUCUUCAUCCAGCAUUCCUGCUCAAGCUCCGCCAGCGUCCGAGGUGAUUUCUGAGGUCACGGCAACGGUGACGCCCAUAGUUACCGCAACAUCUACAAUCCGCAUCACUCCUCCCAGUAACCCAAACACAAGUCCGAAAGCUCCAAUUGCCACUGCUACAUCAACAGUUCUGGUCGCGCCGCCAGAAGUCGCGACCUCGGCGCCAGGUUUUACCACGACAAUCAUUGUCACUAGAACUGUUCAGCCUGAUCCAGAGCCAUCUACUACGACAGCGGCAGAGGAUGAAAAGCCAACCCUAGAGACAACGCUGACGACAUCCACUCGCCGUCGCAGCCGCAGCUCAUCAUCUGCCGCGGAACCCUCUGCUCCCACAACGUCCAACGGCAUCAUCGUCACUGACACCCUAACUUUUGCCCCAAUUCCGUCAACCGUCCCCACAGUGCCCGUCGUGAAGGUUACUUCUAAUCCCGAUGUGUUAACGCUCAAAGUGACGGUCACAGAGAAGGAGACUUUAACCGUGACAAAGACGGAGAAGGAGGUCGAGACCAUGACCUUGACGGUCACGAAAGUACAAUAA